AACUCCUACCGGCCCAGUUGAAAUAAAAUAUUUGAGAGAAACGAUUUAAAAAGUUAAAAGGCGAGGCGACUUCUAGUCGCAGAGUUUAAUAGGUAGAAUACGGAAAUGGACGUUGGAGCUAAGAUGACCGCUACCCAAAAAAUGUACCGCAAUGUGCCAACACCGGCAAUGCCUCUUGGCCUGGCAGUGAGCACACCCGAUGGCGGUUUCCUUUAUGCCGGCAACCGAUGCAUAAAUUUUAUAGCAAAACCUCCCGGUCCGUGCCAGGUUAAGACGAUGUCGACACGUAUAAAUGUCAAUGCUCUGGAUGUCAGUCCAUUGUGGGGUAAACCAAAUGAGAAGUCAAAACCAUUUGCAAUUUUGGCAGAAGACCUGAGUGUUCAGGUAUGGGAUUGUGAACUAGGCGAAGCCGUGUCUGGUCACAAGGCCCACCAGCAUCAGCAGGAGUCGGCACGAAAUGUGAGAUCUUAUGGCAACCACGUGAAGAUUGUAUUAAUGGGUUAUCUAUCGAAUGGUAACAUUUUGUCUGUCGAUGCCAAUGAUUUGGUCAUUUACUGUGUGGCAUCUAAUACGUACUGUCGCAGGCCGAAUUUUAUUUCGCCCAAAAAUCAUUCGGUUAACCUUUUGAAAUGCUCGCCCUACAGUGAGCAUGUUUUUGCCCUUGGAACGGUUAUGGGUAAUAUUUUGGUUUGUGAUCUUCGCAAGAUGACCAUUUUGCACAAGUUCCACGGCCAUAAGUCAAAGAUAUGUGGUUUGGCGUGGCGUGAAAUUAAACAGGAUCAGCGUGAAAAAGAUAAUAAAAUUGGUCAGUUAGCUCAUCAGGUAGAGCAAUGGCGUAGCCGCAAUGGACAGAAUGUUGACAAAGCUCCUUCUGUCAAGACUUUGGCGGCCGAGGAACCUUCCAAUGGACAGAAAAGCGAAAAAGCCUCGCCUUCAUUAUUAGUGAAGGCCAAUGCAAUCGAGGAUGCAUCCGAAGCCUUUGAUAUUUAUAAUUUUGAUCAUCUUAAGGAUGAGUUUGGAGCUCCAUCGGAUAAAAGCUCGACAAAAUCUUCAGAGGAUGUGAACGAGUUUGUUGGAAUAGAGAAGCCAGCCGAUGAUAAAUCUAAAUUUGACUUCAUGGAGGCCUGCAAGAGCAUGAAAGAUGAUCUCAAUGCUCUGAAACUGGGUGAUGAGGUGUCUGACAAGGUUGAAGUGACUUUGCAGGAUUGUCAAGAAGCUAAACUAACGGCUGGUUCUCCACCUCGGAGCGAUGACGAAGACUAUGAUGAUAGCAUAUCGGGAACUUUGAAGGAUGGAUGUGACUCCUCAGAAGGCAGUAUGGAGGUUAUUCAAUACAGCUCCUCUAGUGAUGAUGCUGUAAUUGUGGAUGGCGAUGCCGCAAAACCAAAAAGGGAGGUUCUGCAUCAUAUAUACCAUCAGGCCGAAAUUCAUGAGACUCCACCCGAGGCGGUGGAGCAGGAUCAAGACCAAAAGUCGGCCACACAAUCGAAUGCCGCACAAAUGAUUCGCCAAGAGAGUUUUGACACUAUAUCGUCCAUUUCGAUAGCCUCGACCCAACAAACAGAUAUUCUGCUCGUCUCGAUUGAUGCAGAUGAAAUGAUUAUGGUUUCGAAUUCCACCACAGGUGCCUUUUGUGGCAAAAGUUAUACCAAAACAAAGGGAUCAGGCAAGUUAACAAAUGCUCAAUGGCUAAAUGAUAAUACCAUUGUGACAAUGGGUCGUAAUCAAUUGUUUUAUUGGUCCUUGAUCUAUGAUGAAAAACUACUUCGCUAUAAAAUUGCUAAAAGUCAUGAUUAUAUGUGUUACCAACGUGAUAUUACUGCCUUUUCGUGCUCUCCGAUUAACGGACAGAUUUGGAUUUACAUGAGUUCACGCACAAUUGCAAAUAUAAAUUCUGCAAAUGGCCUAAUAACUGAUACCAUUGGCACUGUAGCAUUUGGUGUUCGAGCUUUAGCCGAAUGUCCAGAAGAUAUGAAUAAAAUUGCCCUAGGCUGUUCAGAUAGACGUAUAGCGUUUUUGGAUGUAUUUAAACUCUCCACGCGCAGCCUGGUCAUUGAUGUGGUUACUGCAACCAGUCCAAUUUACUCUCUGGCCUGGAGUCCCAAUUGUUUAAGUUUGGCCUUUGGCACUGGAGAUGGUGUUGUUGGCAUCAUCGAUGUAGAACGUAUGAGGAUUAAGGAGCUAUACCGUUCACCACAUAAGAGCGAAAUCUAUGCACUAAUAUGGUCCAAAAAUUAUAUUUACUUUGUGACAAAUCGCUUAUUCUGUUACAUCGAUAUGGAUAAGGCCAGACGUGAAGUCGAACAUUUAAGUUAUAUCAACAAGCCGAGUUUUUUCAACAUUUGUGAAGGAUUCCUUCUUGUGGGCACAAUUGAUGGCUUCCUGGAACUAUAUAAACGUAAAGAUUGCCCAGAAUUGGGUUAUACAUUCAGUGGUCGAACGGCUUUGAUGUCACGCUAUAUAACCGAUAUUGCCUGGAAUCCCAAGGAGCCACAGCAAUUCGCUGUUGUGGGCAAUGAUAGACCAAUUUAUGUUAUGGAAUUUUCCAAGUCGGAGCAGAAUAUAAGAAAAUUGCAUGCAUUCCAUGCCAGUGCACCAAAAGCUUCAGUAACUUCUCUUAAAUGGAGUCAUAGGCAAAGUCAUGUUCUCGUAACCUUCCAUAUCGAGGGUAAGGUUUGUCUAUGGAGCACCAAAGAGCCGGAAAAACCACCAUUAACCAUUAGCUAUCAUUGCCCCAUGUGGGGUGGCAUGUUUUUGCCGACAAGCGAUAAUGUUAUCAUGUGUUUUGGCAAGGCUAUAUCUUUGGAGUUGGUCAACAUUGACGAGGCCAAUGAGAAGAGAGUUAUACAAUCGAAAUUCGAUGCAUUAUCGAAUGUUAAAUGGGCAACCAAGUCUAUAAAUCAACCCAUUAUUCCAAAUGCUUGUCUAUCAGCAAAAGAGAAAAAGCGUCAGAAUCGCGAUAAAAAGAAGUCCGAAAAAUUGGAAGCAGAAAAAGAGAUUAACGAACUUAAGGAUAAGGGAACACAUGUCGAAGACAUGAUGACCAAGUUAAGCCUGGACUCGAAGCCUACAAAGCCUAUAAAUGAUCAGCCGCCACCUAAUGUUCUGGGUCAUAGUCGCACUUGUCUCUAUUUAGUUCAAAAGGAAUUAAAUCGUGAUGCACUAGAGAAAUUGUCCAUUGUGCUUACUGAGGACUCAAGUAAAAUUGAUCAAUCGGUUUUUAUAUCAAAAUUAUUUAGCACCAAAGUGGUAGCCAAGGAUUUAGUAGUCUCAGAACUGACCAACUUGAAGCAGACGAAUAAAAAGGAUAUAGGUCCACUCUGUUUGGCCGUUUCAACAUUUAAAUUACGUGAGGAAUUGGAACAACAUAUGGCCAAUCAGACGCUCAAUGAAUGGCAUCUAUCUCUGGCUCCCAGUGUAUCGUUUGUAUUCUGGCAGGAUUGUUGCCGUUCAUAUGCCAAGCAAAUGGAGAAUAUGGGUUAUAUCCUACAUGCUGCCACAUAUCUAUUUGGCAUUGGCCUACAAAUGGAGGCAAUUAAUUUACUGGUGGAGCAGGAAUAUUACAAGGAAGCUCUGCUACAUGCCCGCAUCUGUUUGCCAGCCACUGAUCCGAUUAUCAAAACUAUUAUCAAUAAAUGGUUAGAAAAUUUGGAGAAAUAUGGCAACUAUGCAGGUGCUGCUCUCAUCUGCGUUCUGGACAAUGAAAUGCUACGUGGCUAUACAUAUCUACGCAAAUAUCACAACUGUACUCCUGAAAUAUCACGCCUAAUGGAGGAUAUAAAGCGUAUUGGUCAGCUAAAUGGUGUCCUGGAUGGCUGCCUUUUUACUGGGGAUGCCAAAGAAGUUAAUUCAACCGAAAAUUAAAUGCAGGCUAAAAUCAAAGUAUUAGAAACUUGAGCGAAGCAAAAGUGUUUUCCACCUUUUUUUAAUUUCGUUUUCGACUACCUCAUUAACAAAACAGAAUUCAUAAUCAUUGCCACCCAUUUAAUUUAACAUAUUGAAAACAAUUUCUAUAUAAUUUGAUUGAAGCAUGAAAUGUACUUCUAAUAAUUUAAAAACCUUAUGAAUUAACCCGUUUAACCGUUAGGGAUUUUCGGAUUUUUAUGUUUUUCAACUGAAUGCCAUAUUAUAAAUAAGUAUUCGAAAAGUAAUCUUUUGUCAUAGCAUAAACUCUAUAUGAAUUUAUAAAAAUCUGAUUGAAAACAGAAAAAAAAAACAACAAAAUAAACAAAAAUCCGAAGCACAAAUCUUAGUUAGAUUGAAAACUUACAACAACAACAACAACAGAAAAAAGGCACCAAUUGAUUUCCCAAUGAAAUAAAGAAAAAUAAUACAAUGUCAUUAAUUAGAACUGGAAAACAAAAAUUAUCUAUACUCUAGCACAAAUGAAAGUGCCUAUUGAUUUUGGAAAGAAGUUUGUCAUCAUUUAUAUAAAACUUUAUUUGAGAUUUAAAUCUUUCGAAUAAUAAUAUUUGUAUUACUGAUAA